GGGAGAAGGAUUAAACCUCCGUUUGUGUGGUGUGGAGGGGAGGAAAGAGUUCGUAGUAGCUGAUGUGAAUGGAGGGCUCUAUUUUGCAAAGCGAGGUCAAGGCGUCGAAUCGGCGCUUGAAGCAGCGGGGAGGAGCAAUGAAGGUGAAGGUGGUUGGGGACUCGACUCUUUCGUGUGACGCGGAGGAUAUUGCUCGAGCAUUCGCUCAACUCUCUCCCGGGAAUCCAGCAGCUACACUGAAGAAGGUACCUCCUGAGCGAUCGCCGGCGUUGUCAGCAGGAGGAUUUACACCGCUGUCCCCUAGGCAGUCUAUCUCCAGGGCCCCAAUGACUGCCGUUCAACAACUCUACGAGUUGUGCCAGAUGACCUUCGACGGACGUACUGUCCCAUCAGCUAGCGGGAUAGAAAUAGUGCGACAGUUCCUUAAUACGAUGAAGCCGUCGGAUGUGGGUCUUGAUAAUUUCGGGUUAUCGGAAGACCUGCGAGGCUAUGUUCAGCCGUCGAGUGGGAAGAAAGGCCGGCGAUUUCCCAGUGGGCCAAAAUUCUCUCCGCCGAUUACGUAUCUUCACGUGUACGAGUGCCCAUACUUUUCG